AUGGCAGGGUUUCGCUUUAUCGAUUUGGCAAAGCCGUUUUUGCCCUUAAUUCCAGAGGUGGAAAUUCCAUAUGAAAAGAUUGGAUUUGACGAAAAAGUUGUCUACACGAUCAUUUCUGCGUUGAUAUACUUGUUCACGCAGUUUCCGCUUGCCGGGGUCGCUAAAGAUGUCGGGGCCGGGUCUGUACAGGACCCAAUCUAUUUUUUGCGCAGUGUUUUCGCUUCGGAACCUCGUACCUUGCUAGAGUUUGGAAUUUUCCCCAUUGUAUCCUCUGCAUUAUUGUUGCAGUUACUUGCGGGGCUCAAGAUUGUCAAAGUCAACUUCAAAUUGCGUCAGGACCGUGAAUUGUUUCAAACGUUGACCAAAAUGAUUGCCAUUUUGCAAUAUUUCUUGCUUGCCAAUGUGUUCAUAUUCUCUGGAUUUUACGGUGAAAACUUAUCAGUGGUCGCGAUUGUGCUGUUGAACGUUCAAUUGGUCGCUGCAGGUAUUUUUGCGACCUUGCUCGUUGAAGUGGUCGAUAAGGGUUACGGGUUCGGUUCUGGUGCCAUGGCCGUUUCGGUUGUCGCCACCGCAACCAGUUUUGUCGCAGACGUUUUCGGGGUCACGCAGUUCCCAGUUGACGGUGAUGGCCAUCGCGAAGCACAAGGUGCGUUCAUUAAUCUCACACAAUCCUUACGUUCGUCCCACAAGACCUAUACCAGUGCGAUUUUGGGCGCGUUCAACAGAGACUAUUUGCCAAACUUGACCACUGCGUUCCUUGUUGUGGGGCUGGCUGCGGUAUCUGGAUGGCUUCAAAACUUCCGUAUCGAACUCUCUAUCAGAUCGACACGUGCUCGUGGUAUCAACAACGUGUACCCCAUACGGCUCCUCUACACUGGUGGUCUUCCAUUGCUGUUUUCUUACGUGCUUCUGUUCUACAUUCACAUCGGUGCGUUUAUCUUGAUCCAAAUUGUCGCCAAAAAUGAUCCAUCCUCGCUCAUUUACAAGUUACUAGGUGGGUAUUCCUCAGUCAACAACUUGCUAUACGUACCACAAUUCCCACUGUCCUUGUUGACCCCAUCCAAAUCUCUGAUUGAAAACUUGACCAGACAACCUCUCACUGCCUUCACUUUUACCGCUUUCUUAGUCGUCUCCAGUGUAUGGUUUGCGGUCGUGUGGCAGGGCAUCAGCGGUUCCUCUGCUCGUGACAUUUCCGUUCAAUUUAAAGAACAGGGUAUCACUUUGACAGGUCGCAGAGAACAAAGCGUUGCCAAGGAACUCGAGAAAGUCAUUCCUGUCGCUUCUGGUGCAGGUGCCGGAGUAUUGGCCGUCAUCGUCGCCACUGGAGAACUUCUAGGCUUGAAGGGUAAAGGUGCCAGCAUUGUCAUUGGCAUUACAAGCGCUUUUGCUCUCCUUGAAUUGAUCACGGUUGAUUAUCAACAAAGUGGAGGUCAAAGCGCUCUUGCACAGGUCUUGGGUGCUCCCGGUGGUGGAUUUUGA